CUUCCAUUUGAGCGGUGUAGUGACGGUGAUGUCUUCAUCGACGAUAACAUUGCCUUGCGGAGCCCCGGAGCCACCGCAGAAGUUCAAAGUUUCCGUUAGUUUUGAUAGGUGUAAAAUAACGUCGGUGACAUGCAGUUGCGAGACCCGAGAUAUAUUUUGGUGCCAACAUGUCGUCGCCUUGUCGCUAUAUCGGAUACGAAACGCCGAGAGCGUACGACUACGAGUUCCUAUCUCAGAGACACUCUUACAAAUGGAUCGGCAACAGUUGCAGAAAUUUGUGCAGUACCUGAUUUCGGAACACCAUACAGAGGUGUUGCCGACGGCGCAAAAGUUGGCCGAUGAAAUCCUGCAACAGAGAAGCGAAAUCAACCAAAUUCCCGGCGCCCCUGACCCAACUGCAGGAGCCUCCGCAGACGAUGACCAUUCGUGGCAUCUAGACGAGGAGCAAGUAUGCGAACAGGUCAAAUCGUACCUGUCUCAGGGCUCCUAUUACAAUGCCAACAAGCAGCUCAACUCGCUUUUCUCCAAGGUGAGGGAGAUGCUGAGGGCGCAAGAUUCGAACGGAGCCCGAAUGCUGACCUUAAUCACCGAACAGUUCCUAUCAGAUCCUAGGUUGCAACUUUGGCGCAACCAGGGCACGCCUAUGACUGACAAAUGCCGCCAACUUUGGGAUCAAUUGGGUUCCCUGUGGGUGUGCAUAGUAUUAAAUCCCAAUUGUACAAAUCCCGAGAAGCAGCAGUGGAAAGUGCUUCUGGAAAAAUGGACUCAUAUCGAAGUAUGCCCUCUUGAAGAUCCGGACUUUCGAAUGCAGCAAAACACGCAAAGAGAUUCUUUUUUGAUGAGCAGGGAUAGGGAUAGGUACUAUGGUGAUCGUGACAGAGAUAGGGACAGGUACGCGGAUAGAGAGCGCGAUCGCAGGGAGAGGCGUGAUAGGGACAGGGAAAGAGAACGAGAUAGAGAUCGAGGACGUCCAGUGUACGAUUCAUCGAGCAGCAGCUCCGACGAGGAUGACGCGGAUUACAGCCAUAGGAACAAGAGAAUGAGAUUAUCAGGAAGUCAUUCUAAGUCAUCACAACCCGCUUUACCUAGAACAGUAUUUCAUAGAGCCAUGGACGCAGUAAGCAUGUCCUGGGAUAAUAUGCACCUAAAAAAUAUAUUGUCCAGCGAUGUUUAUUGCUCGCACAUCCCGGACAACACCAGUUCCGGAAGCUUCAACUCGCAGGGACAGCCGAUGUGGAAUGAACCGAUUCCACUGUGUGCCGCUCGCGUGGAUUCACUUCGUUCCCACGGUCAUAUGGAAGCGGCGCUUCGGUUGGCCGUGUCCGUGGUGAGAACGAUGAAGCAGCAACAGUUGGUAGCUCAAAGGAAAUGGCACGAGAGUCAGCAGUGCAGCAGCAGUAGCAGUAACGGUGGUGGUGGUGCAGGUGGAAGUGGUAGCAGUGGAGGUAGUGGAACGUCAAGCAGCAGUAGCGGAAGCGGAAGUUCGAAGGGUGGCCCCAGCGUGAAGCCGUGCACGUCGCGAUGUCCAGGUCAAUGCAGCGCCGCUCCGUGUUCUACGACUUCCAUAAACGCACCGGCAAAUACCGAUGGUUGGGUCGGACACCCUCUGGAUCCCAUUGGUUGCAUCUUCGACACGCUUUCGGAUGCUUCCGCCAUUCCCGAAGAUCAGAGGCCCAGAACACCAAGUUACCUAGAUAUAGUCGGUAUGGAAGAUCAGCACAGUAAUUUAAGACCGAGGUUUCAUCAUGUUCCUGUUGUGGGAUCUCGAGAUAGGGGAGAAACCUAUCUUACGUUAGCCUUCGAAGUUGCCUUGAUCGGACUCGGCCAGCAACGAAUAAUGCCGAUCGGACUGUACGCACAGGAGAAGUCGUGCAAACAGGAAGACCGUCUGAUCGCGAAACUGCAGGAGAUAGAGCUCGACAACGGUCUGGUGGCUGUGCUCAGGCGACAAGCAAUAAUCAUGCUGGAGGGAGGUCCGACGAGCGGAUUAGGCAUCGGUAUCCAUCCGGAGAGCAUUCCCAUGCACAACUUCGCGCGAUUCAUGUUCCUAUCUUUACUCAAUUAUUAUCCAGAUCUAGCGUACGAAGUUGGUCUUAGGGCGAUGCGAUUGCCACUGCUCGAAGAACACGAAGAUUCCGAUGAUCCAAUGGGAGGAAACGCUUCCAGCUCCUUAAUGAUCAGCAGAUCACCCAGAUGGUUCACUUUGGGGCACAUCGAGACGCAGCAGUGCACACUCAGCUCUACUAUGUUGAGCGCAUCUAAAGGAGAAGUGAUGAGGUUGAGGACGGUGCUGGAGUCGUCGCAACGCCAUAUCCACAGUUCGUCGCAUCUAUUCAAGUUGGCGCAGGACGCGUUCCGAUUCGCUACGCCGGAGAACGGACCACGACAUCCGACGCUGCUGAGCGUCGCAUUCGAAUUGGGACUGCAGGUGAUGCGGAUGACGUUGGCGUCGUUGAACUGGAGACGCCGGGAAAUGGUUAGGUGGUUGGUAACAUGCGCGACGGAGGUAGGCGUCGACGCCUUGAUUUCCAUCAUGCAGAACUGGUAUCAGUUCUUCACCGCAACGGAAGCAACGGGUCCCGUAGCAACGACGGUCAUGUCGCAUAGUACCAUCAUGAGACUCAACCUGAGCUUCAGUCAGCAGGAAGAGUUGUCCGGCUGCGCGAGAACUUUGGCCCUGCAAUGCGCCACGAAGGAUCCUCCAAACUGUGCCUUGAACGCCCUUACCCUCUGCGAGAACGAAGCACUUGCUUUCGAGAGGGCUUAUCAAAUCGUGGUAGAUGCUGCCUCGCACAUCAUGACUUCCUCCCAGCUCUUCACCAUUGCCAGAUACAUGGAGCAUCGGGGUUACCCAGCCAGAGCCUACAAACUAGCUAUGCUCGCCAUGAAGAACGUCCAUCUAGCUUAUAACCAAGAUACUCAUCCCGCCAUAAACGAUAUCCAUUGGGCAUGCAUCCUGAGUCACUCUUUGGGUAAAACGGAGCUCUCCAACAUGAUUCCUCUUCUGGUGAAGAACGUCCAGUGCGCCACCGUCUUAUCUGACAUCCUGCGACGAUGCAGCAUGACCGCACCUGGGAUGUCUUCAUGUUCGGCGCCGCUGGAUGGCUGCAAGCAUCACUCGCACGCACACAGAUCCCGAGGUUGCACUUCCGGUGUUAAACCUUUAUCAUUCGACAGACCUCCGCUGCGACAGCUGCUUGAAGCAGCGGUCGCCGCUUACAUAAACACCACACACUCGCGCCUCACUCACAUUUCGCCGCGACAUUACGGUGACUUCAUAGACUUCUUGACGAAGGCUCGAGACACCUUCAUCUUGGCCCAGGACGGUCAGGUUCAGUUCACACAGCUCAUAGAGAACAUGAAGGUCGCCUACAAAGGCAAGAAGAAGCUUAUGUUCCUGGUCAAAGAGCGAUUUGGCUGAUACAGGCGUUGGUAUUAGCAUUUUAAGUUUGUACAAAGAAAAUAUACCAUACUAGGACGACGACGAUGAUUAAAAAAUCAUCAUCAAAUCUAAAAGAUGAGUGAAAUUACCGCAACACGGACAAUAUUUAUAAACAAUAUUUUCCUUCGAUUAAUUUCCUUCCUUUUUUUUAUACUUACCGAGUGGGAACUGUGCGCGCGUUUCCAGUUUACUCUUUAAAUUCAGACUGACUAUAAAAUAAAUAAUUAAAUGCAAUGUUUAAGGCUGGACUUCCAACAUCCAUUAGUAGGAGAGAACUCCUAUGGAAGGAGUAGUAAUAAAUUUAAAAAAAUUGUUGAUCCAAGUGCAAUUUUAGCAAGUGAAAAAUUAGUUAACGGAAGGUGGCUUUUAUUUAAUUUAAUUUUUAUUUUGAAGACAAAGUAACAAUAAUUCAAGUGCAAUCACGUCUUUAUUUUAUUUAUAUAUUUUUUUUUUUUAAAUAAUUUGUUGCUUGAACGUCGUCGUUUCAGUUGGAAGUCCCUUGAAAAGAG